UUGCAGCUGCUGCCUGGUGGGCACGAAAAACUGGCAAGUUUUGCUCAAGACUCUCUUUCAGCGACGGCGAGCCAUGCGACGAAGACUGAAUGGGCGAGAUGUCGAGCAGGAAGGUUUGCUGUCCAAACAUAUCGAGUAGAUGCUUCGAUGAAGGUAAUCACGUACAGCUCUUCUUUAGGUCCUGCUUCAGGUAAGUUAAGAAUAUCGCUGUAGACCUUCUGCAUCAGUUUGUAACGAGUGGAGCCAGGAAAAUGACUCGAAAACGGGUCGUGGGUAAGAUUGGUGACCGGACACGUGGUGCAGACCGUUGGGCGAGACUGCGGUUUCAUCUCCGUGCCGUCAGGUAAGAGAAGACUGUUUUUAUCAAGAACUGCUGCUCGGAUUCAAUGAUUUAAAAUCCCUUGCGAUGGAUGUCCUAACCGUUGGUGCCAAAUUUCUUAUGUGGCUUUGUGUCCUGAUGAUCGCAGAUAAAAGUCGGCGUUAGUAUAAAAUGAAGAAAUGAUGAAAGGAGAAAGAGCUGGAGACAUGUCAAUCUCCCCUUCGACGAAACGGUUUGAUGGCAGAUGGUCCUGCGACAGCUACUGGAAGACUCGGCUGCUCGGCGACUUCUUCUUUCACGGCUUCCUCGACGACUUCGGGUUCAUCAGCUGCAAGUCCACUGAUUUCUCCCCAAAGUGGAGCUGGAGUUCCUUGGAAGGCUGCACGGGUGUUAUAGAAGGUUCGCCAAGCAUUGGCGCCUUCAUCGGCGGUAUUAAACUCCCAAGUAUCCAGUGCGGGACCGAGACCAAGGACGCGUUCAGAAUCACCAGAGGUGCCCUGUGCUGUGAACUGAAGAACUGAUACUCCAUGUUGAGUAGCAGCGCGACCGAGGAGUUGAGCUGUGGAGAGAAGAUUGAAACCAAGGCUGGCGACGAUAGGAACAUUGGUAACGUGUAAGGAAUAUCCCGUGUCGACUGAUUCAAGUAUUACACUCCCAAUAGAUCUUGCCAUAAUGGUUUGUCCGUUUGCAACUGUGACUGUUAUCGGACGAUGAAGAGGACACUGGUUGGUGAUGACGCUUGUUUCAGCGGAGCACAUGUGCCAACCGCAACAGCUGUCGAGAUACCAAGUAUUGGGUCCUGAAAUGACUCGAGCAAGAUGCAAAGACCGGAGGACGAUGCUGUGAUGGCGGUGUACUCUGCGGCAUCUGCUGCGUCUGGGACGUCGACUGCUGCAUUUGCUGAUGUGGCUUCGGUAACUGCUGCGAACGAUGAUAUGGUUGCGAAGUGCUGCGACGGUUUUGACAACGACUGCGACAAGUUUGGUCAAGAUCUUGCUGUUCCGCU